UGGUUUUUUUUUUAGUUUUGAUCAUUAGUUUUGUAUAUUAGAAAUAAUAAUAAAUAAAUUUAUUAUUCAAAAAUGUCUCUAUUCGAUAUGACCGGACCUGUCAUCACAAAAACCGUACAGGAAACGCCCACGAAAAAAAUUUCCACUAAUCCAUUUGUUGUAAAUAACAACAACAACGACGACAACGACAAUCCAUCAAUCAAUGAUCGGAAAUUGACAAAAAAAGCAAUUAUCGAUGAUGAAAAUUCUUUUGAAAAAUAUGUAGUUUCAUUGAAAGAUUUUGAAGAAGAAGAAGAAGAAAAAGAAGAAGUUGUAGAAUCUAUUAAUACAGAUUCUGUUGGUUGGCCUGGUUCACCACCAACAUCUACAAGUCAUUUUCUAUCCACUAAUUCUAGCAGUCAAGAUUCAUUAAUUUUAUCUACAGCUGAUAAUAGUGAUCAUAAAGAACAGUCGUCAAAAAAAAUUGUCAAAAAGAAAAAUAUCGAUUGGUUUAUCGGUAGUGAACAAGAAAUACCUGAUGAUGAACUUUUUAAAUCUGCUACCAUUUCAAAUGAAAAUGAAUCCAGCAUAAAAAGUGAUGAUGAUGGUGAUGGUGAAUAUCAUCAAUCGAAUAGUAUUGACAUUGACGUACAACAACAGACAUUAUCAUCAACAUUUUCAUUUGAUUGUGGAUCACCAAAUUCGUUGAGUUAUUUUCUUCAACAAAAUCCAACCAAACUAUCGAAUUCAAUCAAUUUAACAACUUCACAACAACAACAACAACAACAAUUACAAAAAUCAUUGAAAAAAUCUUUUUCAUCCGCUAGUAUUAUAUCGACUGGAUCACCGUAUAGUGAUACAAUAUCAGCAGGAACUAGUCCAAUUUCCAUUAAUAAUAAUAAUAAUACUAUGAUGAUGAAUGUAGCAUCGAAAAAACGUGGUCUAUUUUCACGUGGUUCUAAAACGAUAACUGGUGGUGGUGGUGGUGGUGGAUCAUCACUUGGUGCAAAUGCAACAUCAUCCACAUCAAUUAAUGAUAAUCAUCAGGAGGAAAAUGGUAAAAUAAAUAAAACACCAUCUAGUCCAUCUGGUGCAUCGCAUCAAUUUAACGAAUUAGAUGAAGAUCGUUUCAAUGGUGAUGGUGUACAAUUUCAGGGUAAAAUGAUUGGUCAUGAAUAUGUGGCCGAAGCUCGUGGUGAGCAAAUGUGUCAACAAUCAUUGAAAAAAUUGAAAAUCAUACAAAAAGCAUUGGGUGGUCAUAAACGUAAAAUCAAUGUAUUCAUUUCGUUUGAUGGUAUCAAAAUUCUGGAUCCACAAACUAAUGAAGAAUUAUUUCAUCAUUCUGUGCCGCAAAUAUCGUUUAUAUCACGUGAUGAAACGGAUACACGUGCCUUUGGUUAUGUUUUUGGUAAUUCACAGACUGGACAUCAAUUUAUUGGUAUAAAAACAAAAAAAGAAGCAAUGAUUGUCAUGUCAACAAUUGGCCAAUUAUUUGCCAUAACAUUGAAACGUAAAAGAAAUGCCGAACAAGAACAACAAGCGGCUGCAGCAGCAGUAGCUUCUGUUAUAUCAACAGGCGAAGAACAUCUUUAUCAUUCCGUACCAGAUCGUCAAUCUUCAUUGACAUCAUCAUCACAGACAUUAGAGAUUGUUAACAAUACUAAUGAUCUCAUCAAUAAUAGUGGUUCGGCAACGACAAAAUCACGUGCCCGAAUUCGUCCGAAUACAGGUGUCGCAUUGGAAAAUGUUCCGAUACCGGCAUUACCACCACCAUCGGAUCAACAUCCAAGACAUCGACAACACAAUCAACAUUUUGCUACAGUUGGUCGUGUAAAUGAUAUUAAUAAUAAUUUUUCACAAUUACAACAAAAAACAUUAUCCUCGUCAUUGAUCAAUGAAUUGGAUCUAUUUCAACCAACUAACGUAGCUGGUGGUGGUCAAAAUCUAGGUUCAAGUAUUGAUUCUUCAUUGCCAAAGGACACAAAUCAACCGAAAUCCGGUCCACAAGGUUUAGCUUCAUCAUAUGACUGGGCACAUUUCGAUGAUGAUCAUAAUCAAUUAUCGAUCAAAGAUGAUUCAACAUUGAAUACAAUAUCAUCGAUUUCAGAUACAUUAACAUUUGGCAAUAAUCAACAAACUUUGAAUAAUUCAGUCACAUUGGUUGCUGAUCAACAACAACAACAACAAUAUUCAACAAAUCAGAAAUUCCAGAUGAAUUCUAAAGCAAUGAUGAAUAGUCAGAAUAAAUUGAAUAUCUCUUCAACAACGAUCUCAUCAGCUAAUUUCGAUGGAAUGGAUCCAUUUUCCGAUGCUUUUGGUCCGGAUCCAUUUUCAACAGCAUCAACAACUGCUGAUAUAUCAUCGAAUGUGUUUAGUGCACGACCAUCACUUCAACAACAACAACAACAACAACAACAACAGCAGCAGCAGCAGCAACCCCAACAACAAAAUCGUCCACCAUCGAAUCCUGGUCCGAAUACAUUGUUUGAUUCAAACAAAUUAAGUUUCAAAGAAAUUAAUUCUGGAUCAGUACCAGCAUUGACCAAUUCAUUUGGAUCAUUAUCAUUGGAUAAAUCACAACAAUCUGUGACAAAUAAUCAACAUUCAGACAAUUUAUUCAAAAGCAAUGUUGAAUUGUCUCAACAAAAUCAAAAUUCCCAAGCAGACAAAUAUGCCGUUCUUGCCGAUAUUAAUUCUAUAUCAACAUCAAUUUUUGAUUCAUUGGGUAGCCGUACGACUACAAUGAUUGAAAAAGAUGAUAAUAAAAAUAAAACGCCCACACCGCCACCAGCCACUGUAAUGCAACAACGAAAUUAUGCUACAGGAUAUCCACCAUCGAUAAAUAAUUCACAACAUCGUCAACAUCCGAACCCUUCACCACUUUCAUAUGGAGUCAAUGGUGUCGUUGUAUUACCACCAGUUUCUUCCACAUCGAUACAAAAGGAAUAUGGUUCUGUUGGAAACUUUCCAAAAAAUCAAUGGUUAACUAAAAGCUUUGAUUCAAAUGAAAUGUCCACCGGUCGAAACAUGAAUCAUGGACAACAACAACAGCAAGCACAAAAACAAGCUCCACGAGCUGAAUUUGAUUCAAUGUCGAAUUUAUCAUCGAAUUCAUCGAAUACUUCAAUUUCAAAUAAUCCCAAUAUACAGCUACAGCAGCAACCGAAUCAGAGAAAAUCAACCACCGAAACAUCAAAUAUUCCACUGUUUCAAGAAUUAGAUCCAUUAAAUAAUAAUAAGAAAAGAAAUUCGCCUUCAAAUUUUGGAAAUUUCAAUGAUAACCGCAAUCGAUCACCAAUAAUUAACAAUCCUAAUGGAUUAGAUUCAUCAUUAUCAUCGAUGAAUUCAUCAAAUUCAUCAUUGUUUAAUAAUUCACGUAAUAUCAAUGGUCAUGGCCAUUUACCGUUGAAUGGUGGCGUUAUGAAUAUCAUGAAUCAUGGUGGUGGUGGUGUUGGUGGUGGAAAUCCAUUUGGCUAACUAGAUCCUAUUUGAAUUUUGCAAAAUUUUAAAUUUCUGUAAUUUUUGUUGUUGUUGUUGUUGUUUGAAAAUUA